CAGGCGGGAGGCCCCGCGCACUCGGGUGCGAUGCAGCCCCUCAUCGUGGUGCACGGCGGCGCCGGCCGCGUCUUCAAGGAGCGCGAGGGCGGCUGCCGCGCCGGCGUGGUCCGCGCCGCCCUGCGCGGGCACCGGCUCCUCGCGCGCGGCCGCGCCGCCCUCGACGCCGUGGAGGAGGCCGUGCGGGCCAUGGAGGACGAUCCUCACUUCAAUGCAGGCUGUGGAUCUGUUCUAAACGAAAAAGGUGAAGUAGAAAUGGAUGCCAUUAUCAUGGAUGGAAAAAAUCUAGCUUCAGGAGCAGUGUCUGCAGUUAAAUGUAUAGCAAACCCUAUAAAACUUGCUCGGCUUGUUAUGGAAAAGACGAAACACCUGCUGCUCACUGGCCACGGGGCUCACCUCUUUGCUCGGGCCAUGGGGAUUCCUGAGGUCCCAGAGGAGAAACUCRUCACCGAAAGAUCCCGGGAGAGAUGGAGGAAGAACCUCGAGCCAGAUUCCAACCCUGAAGAGUUUCAGAAGGACCUGGGAACAGUCGGYGCCGUCGCCAUAGACAGCGAAGGGAACGUCGCCUGUGCCACAUCCACGGGAGGACUCUCCAACAAGCUGACCGGCCGUGUUGGUGACACAGCCUGCAUAGGAAGUGGAGGUUAUGCUGACAACUGCUGUGGUGCCGUUUCCACCACGGGACACGGGGAGAGCAUUAUGAAAGUGGUCUUAGCCCGGCUGGUCCUCCAUCACRUGGAGCAAGGAAUGGCCCCGGCGGCGGCUGCCGACGCCGCGCUGGACUACAUGAAGAGGCGGGUCGGGGGCCUGGGCGGCGUCAUCGUUGUGAGCAGCUCGGGCCAGUGGGCAGCCAGGUUCUCCACCCAGCAGAUGUCCUGGGCUGCUGUGCAGGAUGAGCAGCUGCUCCAUGGGAUCUACGCUGGGGAGCAGCACACGGAGCCCCUGGAGCAAGCGCUUGCAGCCCACUGCGACAGGCUCUGAGGAGGAGGAUGCUGGGCAGCAAGGAAGGACAAAGUUUGCCCAUUUCUGCUUGAGGGUGAUGACAAUGUAAUCCUUCCAGAGGAUCUGUGCUCUGGGUUAGCUCACGGGUGUUCACCGUCAAAAUGAAAGCUGGGCAAAGCUUUUCCUAAGAGUUGGGAAGGGUGAUGUGUGCUGGGACUCCUGUUCACAGGCAUCAGACCUAGAAUUAAAAAACAAAGACCACAACAAAGUAUUUCAAAACAUUUUAAUGUUUUGGAAUAUGACUGGACCAUUAACAGUAAGGACUACUGACUGGCAUGGUAGCGGUAAAGAAGGUCAUGAUUUCAACAAAAAAUAAGUUUCACAGCGUAAAUAUGUAGGUGAUAGGCACCAUGUUUAGACUUAACAUGACUGCGAUUUAUGAUGACUAACUGGAAAGUAAUUCUGUACAAGAAGUCACAUCAUAAAAUCAAGCUGUGCUAACACAAAUAUAACUGUCCUUCUUAACAAACAUCUUGUGUGAAACCUGAAGUAUUUUUGGAGAGAUUUUGAUUGUUUUUUCUUUAAAAAGAUAAAUAAUAUUAAACUAUAUGAUUUAAAAAUUAUAUUCUGCAUUAUCUCUUUUUGCAGUACAGUUUCUUCAUCAAGAUUUGGUGUUUCUGAAGGAAAUAAAGAGCAAGAAUAUUUCAUGGAUUUUUUUUUCUGUUUUCUAACUUUAAUCAUUUGUGUAUUAAAACAGUGCAAUCACCUUUAUGUUUUAGCUAGUGCCGUGACUUCUGUUUCCUCUGAAGAAAUACACAGAUUUGUAUAUUCUAAUUAUAUGGCAUUGUACUGUGGAAUGUUCCCUUUACAAGAUAACCCAAAUAAACAUAGAAGAAAA